UUCCGCGCCACUCACCCAACCCAACCCAACCCAACCCAACCCAAGAACAGUCGGUCUCCUUCACAGAAAUCAAAGGAGAAAGAGUGCAAAGCAAUCUGCAAAUUUCGCAAAGCUUUGAGAUUUCUCUCUCUUCACCUAGUUCCUGCUUCUCACUCUUCAUUGGCUGAACCACGAAAUGGAUGGCAUGGAACAGUGGAAGGCGAAACUUCUUGACGUGGUCGAGCAGGGAAAGGGUGUGAUGCAGGAUGUUGUUGCUCAAGCACAGCUGAAAAUUAAAGAGAUAGACAUACAAGAUAUGAAGCAGAAAUUUAAGGAUGUUCCAGAUUUGAAGCAGAAAAUCAAAGAGAACCCUGAUGUCCAGUUGUAUAUUGCAGCUUCUGUUAUAUUCCUAACCAUACUUGUUUCAUUGCUUUUGCGGUUGUUCAAGCGUAAAAAGUCCAACACUAUUGUGCUUGCUGGGCUUACUGGGAGUGGGAAAACUAUUCUCUUUUACCAGCUUCGAGAUGGUUCUUCUCAUCAAGGAACUGUGACAUCGAUGGACCCAAAUGAGGGUACGUUUGUGCUGCAUUCGGAAACUAGCAAGAGUGCGAAAAUCAAACCUGUGCAUUUAGUUGAUGUUCCUGGGCACUCGCGUCUUCGGCCUAAGCUUGACGAUUAUAUGCCCCAGGCUGCUGGUGUUAUUUUCGUUGUUGAUUCUUUAGAGUUCUUGCCUAAUUGCCGCUCUGCCGCAGAGUACUUGUACGAUAUCCUUACCAAGGCUAGUGUUGUAAAGAAGAGUAUUCCCUUACUUAUUGUUUGCAACAAAACUGAAAAAGUUACUGCUCAUUCUAAGGAUUUCAUUCGCAAACAGCUGGAGAAAGAAAUAGAUAAAUUGCGGGCUUCGAGGACAGUGAUGUCAGAUGCCGAUAUUACUAGCGAAUACACCCUCGGUGAAUCCGGGCAGCCAUUCACCUUCUCACAAUGUCAUAACAAGGUCACUCUUGCUGAAGCCUCUGGCCUGACAGGUGAUAUUUCUCAAGUUGAGGCAUUCAUUAGAGAGCAUGUAAAGCCUUGAUAGGGCAAAAACUGUUUCCAUUUCCCUCCUCUCUUCCCCCCUCUUGUUUCUUGUUAUGACUUCUGACUUUUCUAGAACUUUGUAAAACAUGAGACUCAGAGCCAUCGCUGUAGAAGAAAUGUAGGUACUUCAUUAUUUUUUUUCUCAAACUUCUCUAGUCUGAUUGUGGUUUCGACUCAGAGGAUAGAGCUACUUGCGUUGUCCCUUUGAGUCAACACUUUUGAUUCAAGUAUCUCAAACAAAGACGGAGAGACUAGUGGUGUGAGGUGUGCCUAAAUGACUCUCACAUACUGUACUAAAUGUUCUAAACUUUUUGGAAGCUAAAAAUCUGCAGUUGAUGCUUCA